AUAGUCAAAGCCAACAACUGUGAACUCACCUAUAUCCUCCUGGUUUCACUCCUGUUUUCUUUCUUGACCUCCCUUCUAUUCAUCGGUCGCCCCGUGAAAAUGACCUGUCUCCUUCGACAAACCAUUUUCAGUGUUGUUUUCUCAGUUGCUGUGUCUUCCUUGCUGGCCAAGACUGUCAUGGUGGUGGUGGCCUUUCUGGCCACAAAGCCAGGCAGCAGCAUGAGGAAAUGGCUGGGGAAGAGCCUGGCCAACUCUAUUGUUUUAUUCUGCUCUGGUAUUCAAGUAGGCCUCUGUAUGAUGUGGCUGGGAGUCUUUCCCCCAUUCCCAGAUUCUGACUUUCAUUCCCAACCAGAACACAUCCUGCUGCAGUGCAAUGAAGGCUCUGUCACCAUGUUCUACUCUGCUCUUGGCUACAUGGGUUUUUUGGCUGCCAUCUGUUUCUUGGUGGCAUUUCUGGCUCGAAAUCUGCCAGGGGCUUUUAAUGAAGCCAAACUGAUCACCUUCAGCAUGUUGAUUUUUUGUAGUGUUUGGAUCUCCUUUGUUCCCACAUAUCUGAGCACCAAGGGGAAAUACAUGGUAGCCGUGCAGAUCUUCUCCAUCCUGGCCUCUGGCCUGGGUUUACUGGGCUGCAUCUUUAUCCCCAAAUGCUACAUUAUUAUCCUGAGACCUGCCAUGAAUACCAAAGAACAUCUGAGGAUAAAAAAUCAUUAA